GGUUGUGGAGGUGGCGGUGUGGACCAAUCAGCGUCGUCCAAAUAACAACACCAUGGCCACGCUCCUGAGGUUUAUAGCUGCAGCAGUAUUGUUGACACUGGUCAGUACAGUUGACAAAAGCAACUUCAAAACAUGUCAGCAGAGUGGGUUUUGCAGACGUCACCGUUCUAUUAAGCCUGGAGAGAGUCCGUAUCUUCUUCUUACUGACACUGUGAUUGUAACAGAAGAGGGAAUAUUUGGAGAUGUGUUGAAUGAGAUAAACAGGGUAUUCUUCACCCUGGAAAUAUACCCUUUAAAAGAUAAUACUCUUCGUCUUAAGAUAAAUGAAAAGAAUCCAAUUAAACAACGUUUUGAAGAGCCUUAUGCCUUAACUGGUGAUGGUCAAUCUGAAACGUUUGCAGUAAUUGAUCGCUCGUCAGAUGGGUUUACUGUGAAGUUUGGCAAAAUCCGGGCAAUUAUAAAAGCAAAACCACUGAAGAUUGAUGUUUAUAAUGGGAAAGAGCUUGUGGUUAGCACUAAUGCUCGUGGACUUCUUAAAUUUGAACAUUACCGCAACAAACCAGAGAGUGAUGUACAACCUGCUGAAGGAGAAGAUCAUGGAAAUGCACCACCAUUGCAAGAGGAAGAUGCGUCCGAUGGACUUUGGGAGGAGAGUUUUAAGGGCCACUCGGAUUCAAAGCCUCAUGGUCCUGCUUCUGUGGGCAUGGACAUCUCCUUCAUCAACUCAAAGCAUGUAUAUGGGAUCCCUGAACAUGCAGAUUCCUUUUCUUUGAAGGAAACUACAUCAACUGAGCCAUACCGCCUUUACAACCUAGAUGUUUUUGAAUACGAGUUGGACAAUCCCAUGGCUCUGUAUGGGUCUGUCCCUGUGAUGAUAUCACAUACUCCUCACCAGAGUGCUGCAGUGUUUUGGCAUAAUGCUGCAGAGACCUGGGUUGAUAUUAAGAAAUUACCAGACAGUAAUGUAGUGUCAUCUAUUACUGGCUUCUUCUCUGGUGGCGACUCUGAUCCUCCCCAAGUGUCUACUCACUGGUUCUCCGAGUCUGGUAUUAUAGACCUGUUUAUCAUGCUUGGGCCACGUCCUAUGGAUGUGUUCAGGCAGUAUGGAGCUCUGACUGGAUAUAAUAAUCUUCCUCCGCUGUUCAGCCUGGGAUAUCAUCAGUGCCGUUGGAAUUACAAUGAUGAAGAAGAUGUUCAUCAGGUUCAUGAAAAUUUUGACAACCAUGAUUUGCCAAUGGAUGUUCUUUGGCUUGAUAUUGAGCACACCGAUGGGAAAAGGUACUUCACCUGGGAUCACAAUAAAUUCUCACACCCUCUGGAGAUGACAGCCAACCUGACUGCACGUGGUCGUAAACUGGUCACCAUUGUUGAUGUACACAUUAAACGUGAUACCAAUUAUUUCUUCUACAAGGAGAACCGUGACCGUGACCUCUUCGUUCAUACAAAAGAUGGAACUGAAUUUGAUGGUUGGUGCUGGCCAGGGUCGUCAUCAUACCUUGACUUGACCAAUCCAGAAACUCGUAACCAUUAUAGUGACACGUUCAUGCUGGACCGUUACAAGGGUUCAACUUUAGAUACCUUCAUUUGGAAUGAUAUGAAUGAACCAUCAGUGUUUAAUGGUCCAGAAGUCACAAUGCAAAAAGACAACAUUCAUCCAGGUCUAGGUGUUGAGCAUCGGGAAAUUCAUAAUGUCUAUGGAAUGCUCUUUGAGAUUCUGAAAUUAAAUUGCAAAAGGGCCAUUCUCUUGACCCCGGCUCACUAUGCCGGCACCCAACGUUCUUCUUCAGUGUGGACCGGGGACAAUACUGCAGAGUGGGGUCACCUACGUAUAUCUGAGCCCAUGCUGUUGCUCUUUCGUAACUGGCAUCAUCAUUGGGCUGGAGCAUUUCAACCCUUCUUCAGAGCUCAUGCACAUCUAGACACCAAGCGUCGUGAGCCAUGGCUGUUUGAUGCUGAAACACUACGCAUUAUUAGAAAUGCUCUUCGUCAGCGUUAUCAGUAUCUUCCACUUUGGUAUACCCUAUUUUAUGAAAAUGAGCUGACAGGCGCUCCACCAAUGAGACCUAUCUGGGUAGAUUUCCCAGAGGAUGAAGCUUCAUAUGCUAUUGAUUAUGAGCAUCUGAUUGGCUCAGCUCUUCUUGUUAGACCUGUUGUGGAAGAAGGGGCAACCACAGCUCCUGUGUAUUUCCCACCAGGAGUUUGGUAUGAUGUACUUGAUUUAACCAUUUAUAAUGGCCCAAGUAGUACCACUGUAUCUGCACCCAGAGAUAAGAUUCCAGUUUACCAGAGAGGUGGAAGCAUAAUCCCUCGCAAAGAUCGAGUACGUCGAGCAUCUUCAUUAAUGCGUGAUGACCCGUACACUCUAUCAGUAGCUUUGGAUUCGUAUGGGAAAGCUCAGGGAACUCUGUACAUCGAUGAUGAGCAUACAUUUGAAUAUAGGCAGGGAAAAUUCCUAUAUUUGGCCCUUUCCUAUGAAGGUGGAAUACUGACCUCAAAGAAGGUAGAUCCUGGUGGCACUUAUGAGACUGGGUCUUGGUUGGAACGUGUUGUUGUUAUUGGACUUCAGAAACGUCCUUCCAAAGUUACUAUACAGAGUGCCUCUUUAGGUACUCGUGACUUGGAGAGCAUAUUUGAAAGUGGCACUGGCACCCAUGCUAGUCAUUUGACCAUACGCAAGCCAGGAGUUAGCAUGCGUGAAGAGUUCGUCAUCACCAUUCAUUAAGUGGUCUUUCUUAUUAGAUAUUUAAAUGCUAUUGAGUGCAGAAGGAUUCAACACUUGGAGAGGCUUAUUUUAUAAAUAUGCGGGAAGCUGACCUGAUUGUAUAAAAGUGUUAAGGAUUUUAUUUAUUGAAACUAGGAAUUAAUUUGUGAGUUUAAUGUGAUACUGGUACAUGUGUAAUGUGUUAUUAGGCAGAGUUCCCACUCCUUUACUGGAUGGUUGUUAGGUUUCUAGAGGAUUUUUACACAUUAAAAAUUAUAAGUUAAAGUUUCUGAAGUGUAUGUUUAUUAUGUAUGUAUGUUGUGAUCCAUAUAAUGCAAUCCUCAACCGAGCUGCAUCUAUUAAAUUAAUAAACAAUUACUCAAAAUAAAUGGGGUGGUAAAAGAGAGUACUCAACCUCAAGAAGAGUCCCACCCCAGUUUAAUAUACAGUAGGCCCUCAGGUGUGUGCAUUUUAAAUGAUAUUUGUACAGUAUUUGUACUAUUUCUUUACAGCAGCUUCCUAAUUGCAUGGAUGGAAGGGGUGAUCUCAGUUGCAUAAUUUGGUGUAGGACAAGGUGAGUGUGUGGGAAAGUCCUGUAUAGGUCACCAUUCAGUAACCCUCAGGACUCCUGCUCUUGCAUUAAUGAUAAUUUUGGAGCCCAAAAUCCUAACCUUAAUCCAGCUAAUGGGACAGGACACCAUAGUAGUUUUUAAAAUUCAGUACCUGAGGCAAACAGUACACCAGUUGCUGGACUCUUAUAAAUAUACCUAAUAAGACAACUAUUCCUAAAUUCUUUUCAACUAUUCAUGAAUUCGUGGAAGGCUACAUCCUGCACAUUAGUGACAGUGGUUAUAGAGAGGAAGUGUGUAUCAGAAAGAAAUUUUUUUUUUUUUCUCAUGAACCCAUCCUGUUUACCCAAAUUCCACUGUUUCCACAUGUUAUUCUAUCUCGUUUUUAUUAAGAAGAUUACUAUCAUUGAAUUGUGUUAAGUUUCACUUAAAAUUUUAAUUAUUAGUAAUGUAUUUCAAAAUUUUAAAUAAAGUUUUAUGAAUGUCGAUAAAUACUAUCACUUUCACAUUAAAACGAGAGCUUUUUGAAUAGUAUAUAAAAAUUUCAAAUCCACACGUUUUGUCACUUGUAAACUUGGCUUUUAUAUUCUUCAUUUUGAAUUAUGAUGUUUGUACUUGUAGCAAGACAGCUAUUGAAUUAAUAAUAGUGAAUGUUUCCUGCUUUUUGGGUCACCCUACUUUGGUGGGAGAUGGCCAGUGUGAUAAAAAAGAUAUCUUGGAAUAAUUGGAUUGCACUCUUUCUGGCAAAAUGCAUAAAAAAUUCUUUGCUGUAUAAUAUUUAACUUUCAAUUUAAGAGAUGGUGAAUAUGUUAAGUGUUAGGUCAUAGUGUGUCAGCUGCCACACAAUACCUGCAUAUGAGUUAUAUCAUUUUGCUACUUACAAAUGAUGACUUUAUUGUUGCAUUUAGGAAAAGGUAUCUUGCAUAAUGAUAUUGGGCUUUUCCUUUUAUCCUGGAGUACCAGGAUAAUGAUAUCCUGAAAAUUUUCCAAAAAAUCAGAUGUAAUUUAUGGAGGCAUUUUAAGUAAAAAAAACUUACUUUGAUCUGAAAAUAAAUCCCUUGAUAUAUAUGUAUUUAUAUUUUUUUUAGAUACGUGGUAGAAAUGGGACCUUCCCAUUUAAUUUUUUAUUGUAUAAAAUUGGUGUGGUGCUGAUGUACUUGGGCAAUGCGCCAACAUGGGACCUUAAAAAUGAGUACAAGUUGCAUAUGCAUGUAUGCAUUAUGGAAUUGCAGUUAGAAAAAUUAAUAACAGUUUUAAUGUUUCAUUGUUACAACUUUGGGAGAAGGCACGAGUUGUGAUUGUACUGUCUUAAAAAUUUCAAGUUUUAUUUACUCUUCAAUGGUUGCAUGAUGACAUAACUCUUAAGAAAAUUUAUAAUUUGGGACUAGCAUAUUGUGGUUAAUUAUAUGGUGAAAUCCUUUGACUGGAUAACAUACUUUGGCUAAGCUACUAUUUGCUGAUGUAUAUAUUAACACAAACUUUAAUUACAUUGAGCAGUAAUAAAAAAAUAUAAGAUUUUCUUAGUUUUGUUCUCUGAAGUACAGCCUAUUUCUUACAAAGACAAGGUGACACAAAAUAAGAGAAAAUAUUUACCAUCACUUUUGUCCUAGUUGUCUUUUUAGAAGAGUUAAUAUUGCAGUUCAAUAUUGACCAACCAAAUUGCAACAUCCCGACUUAACAUUUAAAGAGUAACCUAAACUUCUCCUUCCUAAACAGUUUAACAAAAUUACCAGACAACAUUCAUAGAUAUUACUGUCCUUGCACUCCACAGCACAUGAAAUCCUAAAGAUAACUUCCCUCUACUCUCUCCUAUCUAACACUUCCAUAUGCCUACUGGUUGUUCAUGCUUCACCUUUUUUAUGAUUUCACACCCUCUUUACAUCCCUUCCUCAGGUGUUCCCUUGCACCACCUUCGAUCUACCCUAGAUUUAUAUACAUGUACUUCUCUUAAUCUUAUUUUGUAUAAUUUCAACAGUCUUCCCCCUCUCCCACUACUUUAAUUAUUCCUUCCAUACUAAAAUAUACUUUUGAUAACUCUAUUCUCUAUUCUCUGUAUAGCCAUAACACAUAUUAAUGUGAUAAGACAGUUCUCUUGCAUACAGACUUUGUUAUUGUAACAACAGUACCAACCUCUGUAUCAGAAUCUGAUAACACGGAAGAGACGUUUAAACUUCAAGAGGGUUUGGACAGGUUGCAAGACUGGGUAAGAAAGUGACUACUGGAGUUUUGAAAGUGUCAGAAAGGUGACCAAAGACCAGACACAUCACACCAUCUAGGAGGGAAACAACUUACUGAGAAGCAAAGACCUAGGAGUAAGAAUUAGUCAAAAUAUGUAACUGAAUUUUAUAAAAUCAAUGUAACAGCUGUAUAUGCUAGGCUUGUAAACAGGAAAGUCUUUAGUAGUUUUAAAUAGUGCUCGAGUCAGUCUUCCCAUAUGUGCAGCUAAUCCUUAAUUAUGCACAGCUGGAGUUCCAGAUUAGGGCAAGAAUGAAGCAGAAUUAACUAGACAAGAAUUAGCACGUCCCUGGAUAAUUAUAAUACUAGACUAGACACAGUAAAAUCUGCUCUGUACAGUUUUUU